AAAUUUCUCUUCUUUGAAUCACCGUACCCACCACCUCUCUCUGUGUCGUGCCUUUUAAGGUUCGUUGGUUUCCAUGAAGAACAACAGUUGGCACGGCAACGGAGAAGUAUGCUCCCCAGAGAGGGGAAAAGAAGGAGCGCUUGAAAAUGGACAUGGGUCCGACUCCGACGGCGUCGUAUUGGGUUUGGAUGGUGGAACCACCUCCACAGUCUGCGUCUGCAUUCCGUUGCUUUCCUUUUCCGACCACAACCUCGCGAACCCUGUCCCCAUUCUCGCACGCGCCGUUGCUGGUUGCUCCAACCACAACAGCGUCGGAGAGAAUUCUUCCAAGGAUACAUUGGAACAGGUUAUGGCGGAAGCCCUCUGUAAGUCAGGUUCAACUUGGUCUUCUGUUCGUGCUGUUUGUUUAGGUGUUUCUGGUGUUAACCAUCCAAAGGACCAGGAAAGGAUAUUAAAUUGGCUAAGGGACAUAUUCCCUAGUCAUGUAAAGCUAUAUGUUCACAAUGAUGCCCUAGCAGCUCUGGCAAGUGGGACCAUGGGAAAGCUUCAUGGAUGCGUUUUAAUUGCUGGUACAGGAUGCAUUUGUUAUGGUUUUUCUAAAGAUGGUAGAGAAGCUAGGGCUGCAGGUGCAGGGCCUGUCUUAGGUGAUUGGGGAAGUGGCUAUGGGAUUGCUGCACAGGCAUUAACAGCCGUAGUGAGGGCUCAUGAUGGUCGUGGUCCACAAACAACGCUUACACGCAGUAUCUUGAAGGUUCUCGGCCUUUCUUCUCCUGAAGAACUGAUAGGGUGGACUUAUGCGGAUCCAUCUUGGGCACGUAUUGCAGCACUUGUUCCGGAAGUGGUGUCGUGUGCAGAAGCAGGUGAUCAAAUCGCAAAUAAGAUACUAGUUGAUGCAGUCCAGGAAUUGGCUCUAAGCGUGAAAGCUGUUGUUCAAAGACUUUGCUUGUGUGGCGAAGAUGGAAAUAGUUCUUGCCCUAUUGUGAUGGUUGGUGGUGUCCUUGAAGCUAAUAAGAGUUGGGAUAUAGGAAAAGAAGUUAUUAAUUGUAUCCACGAACGCUACCCUGGGGCUUAUCCAAUUAGACCAAUGGUAGAGCCAGCUGUUGGGGCAGCUUUGCUGGCCUGCAAUUUCUUGAUGAAAGAAUCAGAAGGGCACUGUAACAGCUGACCAGGGAUCUGCAGCAAGUGUUCCACUGUUCAUUUCAAAAUACAAGUAGUAUAUUUAAAUAAUAUUGUUAUUGUCAGGGAGUCUGUGUGCUACAAACAUUGAGCAAUUGUUUCAUUAAUCACAAAUGAUUCAGGCAUUUUUUUUCCAGUUGUGUGUGCUACAAAAGAUGAAAAGAGAAUCAGCUAGAGUAUAAAAUGUGUACAAUGCAUAAAACAUGGAUUUUAAUUUCAAUUACCUGAAAAGCUAUUGUUGGCUUAA